ACCUUUUGUGUGCUGCAGGCAGACACAAGCAAAACAUGAAGACCCUGGCUGUUCUGAGUGUAAUUCUUUGCCUUCUACAAGGCAUUAUUCUUGUUGAUGGAGGUGACUUCAUGGACAAUUCCAAGCCAUUACAGCGGAUGGCAAGAGAGGUUGGUGCCCCAGCUCAAGUGGACUGCAAAUUAAGCACCUGGUCACCAUGGAGCAAAUGUGACCCUUGUUCAAAACAAAUGUUUCGUGCUAGGAGUGUAGAAGUGUUUGGACAGUUUGGAGGACAGACUUGCUUUGAACCACUGGGACAGAAAAAAGCCUGCACAACCGAUGAUGCAUGUGACAGAGUUCAGCCAGAAUGUUCAGAAACAGAAUUUAGGUGUGAAUCAGGCACCUGCAUUAAAAAGAGGCUGGAGUGCAAUGGAGACAAUGACUGUGGGGAUUUGUCUGAUGAGGACUGUGAAGAACCACAUCGCCCUCCUUGUGGAAAAUCACUUGUGGAUUUGUCAGAACUAGGAAGAACAGCAGGAUAUGGCAUCAAUAUUUUAGGGUCACAUCCCAGAGCCAAUCCAUUUAAUAAUGAGUUCUUUAAUGGAGUGUGCAACAGGGUGAGAGAUCCAAGCACCAGGGAAUAUAACCGCAUUCCUUGGAAUGUUGUGGCUUUAACAUAUGCAACUCUUACAGAAGAAUCAUUCUCCAAGGAUAUUUUUGAAGAAGCCAGCACUCUGGUGAGAGAACUUUUGACUGAAAAGUCAAUAUCAGUCGAUGCAGGAUUUUCCUUCAAAUUCUCAGGAAGUCCAAAGGAAGAGGGUGCUGCCAGUGACACAGGUGGUGGAUUUAAAGGAGGAGUUAAUGUUGAUUCUAGUGAAAAAAUAAAGACCAUCAAUGAAUACUCUACUGUUAAGACCAAAAGCUUCAUGCGGGUGAAGGGAAAAAUCCAACUAAGCACUUUCAGAAUGCGAUCCCGAGACCUUCGUCUGUCUGAUACAUUUUUGGACGAUUUAAUAGAUUUGCCAUUGGAGUACUCAAAGAGCAGAUACUUUGAUUUUCUUGAAGAUUAUGGUACCCACUACACUGUUUCUGGGACAGCAGGAGGCAAAUAUGAUCUUGUAUAUGUGAUGGAUAAAGAAACCUUAAAGACAUCUAGAAUGAAGGAGGAAGAAAUUAAGAAGUGCCUGGGGUUUGAUGCAUCCGUGGACUUCAAAACGUCUGGUGUAGAUCUGGACCUACAUGCAAAACCCAAGUUUUGUAAUAAUCUGAAAACUGGUUCAACUGCUACAAACGAAAGCACAGCUCUUCUAGAAAAAGUUAUAUCUUUUGUCAGUGGAGGGACUCCUGCAUCCACUGCAGCUCUCAAGAGACAGAUAGAAAAAGAGGGUGUGAUGGAUGUAAAUGCAUAUGUGGAAUGGGCUAGAUCUCUUGAUGUUGCACCUGUACUGGUAACUAGUAAGCCAGAAGCAAUUUAUAAUUUGGUUCCUCUGACGAUGACCGAUGCCAACAAAAAGAAAGCAAAUUUGGAGGCAGCCAUCAAUGACUAUAUUGAGGAGUACAAUGUGUGCAAAUGCAAGCCAUGCCAAAAUGGAGGCACAGUAACUUUAAUAGAUGGAGACUGUCUAUGUUUGUGUCUACCCAAGUUUGAGGGAAUUGCUUACCAGAACAGAAAGAGUGAGGCUAUAGAUUCGGGUACAGUUGUCCAGGAAGGGAACUGGGCGUGUUGGUCCUCCUGGUCUGCUUGUGCAGGUGGUCAUCGCACCCGAUCUCGCAUUUGCAAUACUGAAGGUCUCUCAAAAGGGUCCUGCAAAGGGGAGCAGGUCAAAACUGACUAUUGCUAGUGUCGAACUUAAAACCGUCAAAAUGAUAGAGGAUGGAGGGAUUAAUAAUCCAUGUUAAAAGAAAGAUGGUACAGUAUGCAUGUUACCUAUUCACCUUGAGGAGAAAGUAAAACAUUUCUUGUAUUCUCCAUUUAAUAAAUUAAGGCGAGAAAAAAUGCAA